AUGAUCAGUUGGCAUGACUUUUCCACCGUCGUGACCGCAAUGGCGCCGUUAUACGUCACAAUGUUUCUCGCUUACGACAUCGUCAAGUGGUGGAAGAUCUUCACCCCAGACCAGUGCUCUGGCAUCAACCGUUUUGUCGCCAUCUUCGCUGUGCCUUUCCUCUCUUUCCACUUCAUAUCCAUGAACGAUCCUUACACCAUGAACUUUCGUUUCCUCGCGGCCGACACCCUCCAGAAGAUCAUCAUGCUGCUAGUGAUCGGCCUAUGGGCUAAAUUCACCAAAUCCGGCAGCCUUGAAUGGAUGAUCACCAUCUUCUCACUCUCCACCCUCCCCAACACCCUCGUGAUCGGGGUUCCGUUAGUAAGUGCGAUGUAUGGAGAUUUUACAGAAUCACUGAUGGUCCAGGUGCUGGUGCUGCAGUGCAUCAUUUGGUACACUUUACUUCUUGUCCUAUUCGAGUUUCGUGGCGCGAAGAUGUUGAUCAUGGAACAGUUCCCGAAAACCGGAGGCCACAUCGUUUCAGUAAAGGUAGAUACAGACGUAGUUUCUCUUGAUGGCCAAGAUUUGCUUGAAUCGGUGACGGAGAUCGGAGGUGACCGGAAACUUCACAUCAUGGUAAGGAAAUCGAAAGUUUCAAGAAACUUGAUUGGAGUCGGAUCUCUUUCAGGAGCUGAAAUUUACAGUAUAAGCUCACCGGCUAUCCAAACUCCAAAAGGUUCUAAUGUCAACCAACCGGAUUUCUUGUCCAUUACGGGGUUUUCCGGCGGCCGACUAUCUAGUUUUGGCUCGGCUGCGGAUUUGUGUUCCUUUCAGCUGUCGAUGGGUCUAACUUCGAGGCUGUCAAGUUACGAAAAUGACCCCACUCCGGUAUCAUCCAACAUGAGUUCUACGAAGUCUGGAUUGUACCAUGCAACUUGUGACAUGGGUGCAUCUAAGAUUUUUGCGGAAGGUACGAUGCGCAAACACGGAACUUGUCUGAGCGUUACAAACGGCCAACAAAACAAAGUGAGCCAUAACGUCCAGAAGUUUCCUCGGAGUUCUAGUGCGCCGACGGAGCACUCAUAUCGCCCGGAUCAACAUGGAGCUAAGGAAAUCCGGAUGUUGGUCUCCGAUGACAAUAUCAAAGAAACGGAAGAAGUUCGGGGGGAGAUAGGUGGAGAUAAAGAGAGAAUAAAACUGGUUUUGGACUCUGCGGCGGCGGAACACCACCCUAAGACGGUGGCAGUGCCGGAUGAAGGGUCUGCAAAACGGAUGCCGGCGGCGAGUGUGAUGAUCCGUUUGAUAUUGAUGAUGGUUUGGCGGAAAUUGAGUAGAAACCCUGACACGUACGCCAGCAACAUAGGUCUAAUUUGGUCUCUUGUGUCUUUCAGGUGCCAUGUGCAAAUGCCAAAAAUAAUAGGAAAUUCAAUCAGUUUGAUAUCCAAUGCUGGUUUUGGAAUGGCUAUGUUUAGUUUAGGUUUGUUUAUGGCACUUCAACCUAAGAUAAUAGCAUGUGGGAGAUCAAAGGCUGCAUUAGGUAUGGGUGUAAAGUUUCUUAUAGGACCGAUGAAAUCAUUAAAUAAUUGGGCCCCACCUUCGUAUAUCCUUUUUCUUCCUCUUUUCUUUCAUGAACCACCAACCCACCACCCACCCGCAUCAUCGCCGAUGCUCCAAAACCACUACAUCGCCACCGGUGCUCCACCACCACCACAUCACCCUGCUCCGCACCCAAUAAAGACACAAUCUGGCAUUGUCUCCCUCUUUCUCACCCACUCCCAACAGGAAUCCAAAACCGUAGCUAACCAAAGUCGUCGCCGACCUUCCUCUCCUGCCUCCUUCACCCAGAACGUUGGCGAUACCACCUCCGACCUCCUUCACCUAUAUCAUCACUGA